AUGCCCCAAAACUCUCCCUGCCACUCGCGGUCUACUUCCUUCGGAUCUCUACCCCCUCUCAGCACCCUUUGUCUGCGGCUGGCCCUCGCACCACUCCCCACACGUUGCUCCUCCUCUCCCUCCGCCCAUCGUACACAACUCCCUCCUCUAGUCUACUUCCGUUACUUAUAUUCGUCUCUAUUCCCCACCCCCACCGCCUCUCACCGCCCGCGCUUGCUCCGCCUAGCUUACACUGUGCUCCGUCCACCCGCUCUCUGUCCCUCUACGACCCCCCCCGUUCUCGCCUCCCCUUCAGCCUCUACUUCGGCUGACUUGACACGGCUUUACGUUCCGCGGGCUCGAGCGACUCCCGGUCCGCUCCGUGGCGUGUUUUUCCGUGCCGCUGGUCACCUCUUACGUUAUCCCUUACACGCGUGUUGCGUCCCGCAACUCUUUUUCCAUCCCUCCCCCCCCGUUCCCGGACCCCCAACCCCACUGCUUGCCGAUGUUCUCUGUCUUUUGAUCACGCCGGGGCGACCCACCUCCUCCCCUCCCAGCAGCUUGUGUCCCCCACUCGAUCCCACUGUCAUUUCCUACCCCCUCUCCGUUGUGUUCUGCGUCCCCGGUCUACUCCCGGUUGACGGUCCCCCUGUGGGUGCCGCCCGACCCAGUGUCCAACCUGGUUCUUGUUGUCCUCACUCCCCGUGCCUAGCCUCCCGUGCCGAUCUCACCGGGGUGAAGUGGGAGAGCCGGUCCGUCUUUCCGGGUGUGUGUGAAGGCCUGAUCCCACCCCGGCUAGAAUCUUUGGGCACUCUCCCCCCCACUCUCUUUCCCUUCCGUUCGUUUCUCCUGGCUCGCUUCCCGCGGCACUCACUCCUUGUGGCAAAUUCUAUAGCCGGUCGUGAUUCCCUCGGUUACUUACUCCCCUGCCACUACCGGCGAUUCCACGUCACCUGUGAGAGUGCGUUUUCCCCCGCUUCUCGGCCCGCAGUGGAUCUGCUGCUUGACAUGCCUUAUGUUGCCGUCGUUCGCCCCGGGACCGUCUUUUCCUCUCUGUCACAGCCUCCACAUGCGUUUCCUUCCUCGCUAGCUGCCACUCCGUGCGGGCUGCUUUUCUCGUCCGCUAUCUAUGCACCCCUGAGCGCGCUGAUCUCCUGCCUCUACGUGCUCCCUCUCUUCGCCCCCGGGUCUCACUUCUGUGCCUCGCCCCGGGGCUACGACCUCGGCCCCUCCUCACCGGUCGUCUUCCACCUCCCUUCGUUCCGUGCCCUGCCCACAUCGCGCCCCGUGGCCUUGGGGACGAUCCUCGCUAGACUGCACUCGAUCUACCUCGACCUGGCACCAUGGGUUCCUCCCUGCACUACGCCCUCGUCCUCUUCGGUCUGGCUUACUCGCACGCGGGGUCCGGGAUCGGGGACCCCACCCAGAUGCUGCGGUCACUUUCCACGCCGUCGCGUUUCCGUGUGGCCAGGUCCCACCUUGGGCACUCCUCUCCUCUCCUUGUGGCACCCCCGAUUACGACCUGCGUCGCUCGCCCCUAUCCCGGCGGUCCUGAGCCCCACUGUUUCGGUCGCCGCCCUGACCACGUACCCGUUUGUCGUCCGUCCCGUUUUCCACCGUCGCAUGUGGAUUCCUCCCCUCCACUCGGUGGGCUCUAGUGAUCAUCUGACUUGCGUUACCGCCGCUCGCCCUUCGACCCAACUAACCUCUGGACCGUGCGAGCUGGCGGUCUCUGUGAGCCCGCGGGGCCCCACCAUUCUUGCUGGCCCUCCGUUGAUCGAUUCAGUCCACUGCCCACCGCCCCCGGGGAGCAGCCGCACACUUGAUUAA